CCUUUUACAAAUAGAGGUUUAUAAACCACUGUUUUUAUUUUAGGACUACUGUAGAUAUUAUAAAUUUAUGCAGUACAAUAAUUAUGUAUGUGCUACAUUGAUUGUUUGUGUAAUUUUUAUUAACACUAGUAGUUUUGAAAGUUUAUUCGAACAAAUAAUAAAUUAGUUUUUAUGAAAACCAGUCAUCAAGAAAUGAUUAUGGUUUCUAAAUGUCAAUUUUGUGAGAAAAAAAAUAAUUAAAUAUGAGUUCUAAAAACAUGAAAAAACGAAAAGCAAAUCCAGUAUCAGAUAAUGAGACUCCUGAAGUUUUAGUAUUACCACCAAAAGCAUUAUUGGAUAAAUUUGGUAUUUCCCUUGGAGAUAUUGGCAAAUUUCUGGAUGUCCAGAAAUCAUAUUCUGAUGGUGGACCAUCAAACCAUGUAGUUAAAUUAUAUGGAAAUAGAAUCACUUCAAAUACAUCAUUGGAUAUACCAAAUUUAAAUUUAAAUGAUAGUUCUAUUAUGAAAACUGCGAGUUUAAUGAAAAAGUCAUUAUUUCUAAGCCCAACCUUCUCAAAUUCAAUAGAUUCAUCUCAAAGUGACGAUGUACCAUCAAUUGCUACAUCUCAUUUGGAGUUAAACAGCUCAGACCAUCAAAAUAAGAAUGUGUUAAAUAUUUCUACACCUCACUUAGAUUCAGAAUUACUAGCUACAAAUAAAAUUAAUGCUAAAAAUCAAGACACAAAACCAUUGCAAUAUAUUAAUGAAAACAAUGAAAUUCAUACAAAAUGUACGAAAAACACAAAUUACAGUAUAAGGGAAACAUCACCAAAUGAAGUCCUUGAAAGAUCUAACAAUUUGACUAUUAUUAAUUUAGAGGUUGCAAGUUUUGUACCAAAUGAAACUCUGACAAUAAAUAAUAGGACAUUAAAUGUUUCUAGUGGCCAAGAUAAUGUACAGCUAGAAUCUUUAAAAAAAGAUGAUGAAAGAAAUAUAAAAAGUAAUGUAAAUUUAGAAGAUAAGGUGAUUUCCACUCAAGAAAUUGUAUUCACUACUGAACAUCAUAGUAAAAGUCCUAAAAGACUCAAUAUAACAGAAAUGGUUUUUUGUAACAAUGAAACAAGCCCUCAGGAUAAAAAAAUAAUUGAAGAUAGUGAAAAAAAAAAUUUAAAAAGUCAAGUUAAUCCAACAGCAGAUUCCCAACAAAACAAUGAAAGAAUUUCUGAUAUAGAUAAACUAAAAUGCAGUGCUGUACAAAUUUUAGAUAUAAAUGAUUCUGUAACUAGAGUAGCAAUGGUUCUUAAGGAGUAUUUACAAAAUAAGAAAGAUGUGAAUGUUAAGCGUACUUUACAAUGUAAAUCUCAAAUUCAAGGUGUAGAAAAGCCUGGAGGAGAAAAGGAAUAUAAUUUUUUAAAACUUAAAAGAGAAAAACAUCCUAAAAUUUAUGCAAUUAAAGCUAGAAAAACAGUUUGUAAAGAAAUUCUUACUGAGAUUGUUCAACAAAUUACAUCAGAUUGUAACAUAAAUCUCACAGAUGAAGAAGAAGUGAAUGAAGUAAAGAUGUUUUGUGUUUGUUCGGAUUUUGGUUCCUUUAACUACUAUGAGGAUGAACUAGAACAUAUACAUUUUUGGGAAAAAAAGGAUACUAAAUGUUCGUUGGAUGUUAUUUUUAGUAUUUACUGUGAUGAUGAUACUAACUGUAUUAAUAAUCAAAAUUCAUAUAAAGAAGGUGCAAAUGAUAAGAGUGAGUGUGAUUACAUUUGUAUUAAUGAAAAAAUAGAAUUCAAAUCAAAUGAGAGCCAAAACAUAUUGGAACCAACUUUAAUUGAAAUUGAAGUACCAAUUUAUAACGAUAGUCAAAUGACAAAAGAAAUUAACAAUACUGUUAACAAUACUUCAGACGAAAUCAACAAUUGUGAACUACAAGUAAAUAAAUCUUCGAAAAUGCAGGAUAUGGCUGAGGUAUCGCCAAAGGCUACUCGAAAACAGAAAAAAAGAAAAACUGAGCGAGAUGUUUCUGAAGAUAGUCCAAAAACAAAGAAGGCAAGAAAAACUGAUGUGCAUCAAGAAACUGAUACUAAAAAUGGUUCCGAAAAAUUAAGUCAUGUAGAUGACUUGCCUAAAAUAAUUGCAGAAGUGCCUCAUAAAAAAGAAAAACCCGAUGUUACAUGUGCUGUAUGUCACAAAAAUAUCGCUGAAUCGAAGUGGUAUGAACAUGUCGCAAGAAAACAUAGUUACUUGGCCUGGAAGGAAGGCGACGUACCUUUGGAUGUUACAAGUGCAAAGGAAGUUAAGGAACAUCUAUCACAAAUGUUGGUCAAAUUCGAUGUUUUGGUUUGUGGUAAAUGUGGCUUAGAGCGAAAUGACAUUAGUAAAUAUUUGAGCCAUGUUAAUAGCUGUAAUGGAGAAUCGGCCCAUUUCCAGGCCCCUUUAGACGAGUCGGAUCCUCCGAUGAGCUUAGGCGUUGUGAAGUGUGCUGUGUGUCAGAUGGAAGUCUCCCAAUGGUACAAUCAUAUUGGCUCUGCUCACAACUAUCUCGCCUUUAAAGAGGGGGACAUGCCAGUGAAUUUCACUGAUGAAGAUGAAGUGCGCCAACACUUAGCGGCGAUAGCUAAGGAAUAUAAUGGAUUGAAGUGUGUAAAGUGCGGCUGUCGACGGCAGUUUGUAAAGGCCUAUUUGAGUCAUGUGAAAACAUGUGACGUUCAGCCGGAGCCUAGUUUCGAUAACUCAAUAAGCUCUGUAAAGUGUGGAGUCUGCCAAGAGGAGAUAUUAGAAGAUGCAUGGAUACAGCAUAUUGAGCAGGAGCACAAUUAUUUGGCGUGGGAAGUAGGCGAAACUCCUUUAGAUCUUAACGACCCAGAAGCCGUACACAAUCAUUUGUAUAAAAUAUCGAAGCAAAUAGACAGUCUGGUUUGCACGAAGUGUGGAGUCAAACGGAAGUACGUUAAAGGGUACCAAACACAUUUCAAUCAGUGCACUUCGGUAACUGGCUAUACACCUGACAAAAAGCGAUAUAGCUAUAUACGAAAAAAGAGGGAAACGUUUAUUCAAAGUUUUGAUGAGUCAAGCACAGUAUCGUGUGGUGUGUGUGGUUUGGUGAAAAGUGAAACUGAAUGGCUGGAACAUAUUGAACAGGAGCACCAAUAUUUGGCAUGGAAAUUUGGUGAAUCGCCUAUAGACUCAAAUAAUACAAGAGCGGUCUCGGGCCAUUUGAAUAAUAUUUUAAAAUAUUAUCCCGAUGGACUCCUUUGUACUAAAUGUGGGAAGCGACGGAAAUGCGUCAGAAUAUUUUUGAGACAUAUAGAAUCCUGUCGGGUGAAAUCAGAAGACAAUAAAUCCAGUCUGAAUGAAACUACCUUGGAUACGAGUGUGUCAAACAGUGUGGAGGACAGCGUCAUAGAAGGGAGUAAUGUGACGUGCGGUGUGUGUAAGCAAGAGAUAGCAGAAGAGCUUUGGUUCCAACACAUUGGCGACGAACAUUAUUAUUUAGCCUGGAAAAGUACUGAAGAGCCAUUGGAUCUCACUGAUACAAUAGCACUACGAGAUUAUCUGUAUAAUAUUUCGCAGAAACAUGGGCAGCUAACCUGUAAGAAAUGUGGUAUUAAACGUAAAUAUGUUAAAUCAUUUCUAGCCCAUAUUGAACAUUGUGAUUCCAGUAUAAGUAUAGGACAUAUAUCAGAUACAAGUAUGAAUACGAGUUUUCAAGAAGAAGACCCAAGUCCUGAUGCAAUAAUUAAAUGCGGUGUGUGUCAGAAAGAGAUGGAGAAUAGGAAGUGGGAGUUCCACAUUCGAAUACACAAUUAUGUAGCGUGGAAAGAAGGUCAACAGCCAUUAGAUACGAACGACGAGCAAGCGGUUUAUACGUAUCUAUAUGAUUUGUCAAAACUCUAUGACGGGUUAACCUGUGCCAAAUGCAACAUUAAGAAGAAAUACGUGAAGGCCUACAGGGGACAUGUUGCCACAUGUCAGGGAAAUUUGGACGUCGAGUCUGUUUUAGAGAGUCAGGGAAAUCGAGAUACUUACGAGUGUGCAUUAUGCCACGAAACGGGUCCGAUGAAUACAUUCAAAUCUCACGCGAUGAAGGAACAUUAUAAUGUGGCUUGGAUGGUUGGAGACAUACCAAUUGACGUGAAAACUACGUCAUCAGUUGAAAGAUAUUUAAAAGAGUACCAGAAAAGUCAUAGCUCGUUAGUUUGUAAUAAAUGUGGAUUGACAAGAGCGUCCAUCGCCGGCUUCUUUGCUCAUGUCGUACAGUGCGAGCGUACGGAAGAAGAAAUGGAAAUGUACAAAAGCGUAUGUGAAAUUUGCAAUACUAAGUAUCUGGGUGUGUACAAACACACACACAUGGCGAUACAUCGUAUGGAGGAGGCCAAAAAGAAGUUGGCAGAUACAGUUCCGGUUGUCGCCAAGGAACUUGAUGUAAGCGGAAAACGGCGUGCGGCUCAGAAAGCAAAAAAUGUCAUCAAGAACAUCAGCGAUGUCACGGGCAAAGACAACGAUGAAGACGUAGACGAUGAGGGUGAGUACAAAUGCCCUGAAGACUCUUCUAGCAGUGAAUCAGAGGAGUCCGGAGUUUCUGAGACUGAAGAUCAACCAGAAACAGAUGUGGAGGAUCUUUCGGAUACAGAAAGUAGGAUUAGGAAUAGGAAAUCAACAUCAACAUUUUCAACUACCAACGACGAUAGAAUUCCAUUUAAUGUUAAAGACCCUUUUGCGUACAUAGCGAAAAGUUAUAAGGACUUUACCAAUACACAUUUAACUUCAAAUACUUUAUUCCCGCAAUGGUUAAGCUGUGAAUAUGAAUUGGUAUCGGAGAAAGAUUUACCAAAAUAUAUGCCGCCUUUCACCGAGUCCUGUAAAGUUCAAAUCUGUUCAAAGAAUGUUUCGACAUAUAAAGUGUUUGAAGCGAGGGCUGAUAAAGGUGUCAGUAUGUUCGUGGGAGCCAGUGUUAAUAAUAUUUCGUGGGUGCCGUGUAAUGAGCAGGCUCACCCAUACCUAGCUGUCAAUUGUUUCAACGGGACUGACGCGCCGCGGAUUGACGCAACGGAGCUGAUAGCGCACUCCGGCCUAAUUCAAAUAUGGGACUUUAAGGAUAUGCAAAAGGUGCCAUCGUUCGUGUUUGGUAUAGCCCACGAUUUUGGGACUGUUUGGGCAAUGGACUGGUGUCCUUCAGGCGCCUGUGAGCUUUUGCCUGAAAACCCUGACAACACCUUCGUAAGGCUGGGCCUUUUGGCAGUCGCCUGUUCUAAUGGAAUAGCCUACAUUUACUCAGUACCGCAUCCAACUAUUGUGAAUACUGACAAAAUGAUGUAUAAAUUAAAACCAGUGGCCGAGUUGAGGUUGUUUCGAGAUGUGAAUAAAUAUGCCCAAGCCACAGCGGUUAAUUGGUCCAUGCAAAAGGGUCACUCAUGUAUAAUAGUCGGAUAUUCCAAUGGUAUGAUAGCGAUGUAUGAUUUGGAAUGCGAUUCCCCUUUGUUAUCGUGUGAGGAAGAUGGUGUUCGAGUAUUUUAUCCAUUCCACGACGAACGAUCUCAUAACGUGUGUGUAACGGACGUGAAAGCAUUCAUCUCCGGUUCGGAUAUACGCGGAACUGUGAGUGCGUCCUCUUGCGGUGUGACGGCGUCCAUUGCUUCGGGGCGCCAGCACGUACCACUAACCGCUGAAAGCCUCGUGGUCACACCGCAUUGGCCGUCCACAAUACUCGCGGGAAACGCUGGCAUUGUAACCCAAGCAGUAAACGAGUUAGAAUGGUGGGGUCACGGGCGUCGUCUAGGCUCUAUGAGCACGGCGUGUGGGUGUAUUAUCUGUGGACGAGUCGCUGCCUACAUACCGCCUCUUGUCAAAACGAUGUUAGUGCAUCCACUGUACAAUGAUAAGAGAGACAUUCAAGUUAAGGCGACGAUAGAUUUAAUGUCACUAGAAGAGAAAUCAGAAAGUUCUAGAGGCAAACUGGAACCAGAGAGUUAUGAAGAGGUGAUCAAAAUGUAUGGAAUAAAAAUAGAAAUUGCAACGAACUUAAAAAAGCAUGAAAAAAGCCAGAAUAUAACCAAGCCGAAGAAUCGUAACGCGGAGCGGUACCCUCUAGCAGAUGUCACUUCCGUUUCCUUCUGUACCGUCCCCAAACAUCACAAACGAUUGGCUAUAGCAACGCAUGGCGGUAUCAUCUUCGUCAUCAACACGUAAUUAACAUACUAAGGCAGUGUUGGCACACUGAAGUGCGACUAUAAUGUGGUUCCCUACCCUUGUUUUGUACCAAUAGAUCUAUGUGCAUUUAACACUCGCUCGAGUGAAUUAAUCGUGGGUGAAUAUGUCAGAUAAAGAAGGGAUAUCACCUACUUGCUUAUUAGAGAUCAAUAAACAAAUACAGAAGUCUUUAACGCCAUGACUUAAAAGGUUGGCGCCACUGAGUUUUUUCAACUCGCUUCACUGUGAAUAUAUUUAUAAUAAGGUUGUCGGAAUGUUUAUUGUUAGUAACAUUUUCUUUAGUGUAAAGCUACAUUAUAUAACAUUUGGAAAUUAUUGAUGUCAAGAAAAUACCACCAUUAACUUUAAAUGUAUGUAUUGGUACCUAGUACUCCAAAGAUGAAUAUUUACUAGCUUUUAAGUGCUGUCUCAAUUAUUAGAAAUUGUUCAAGAGAUAUGGACUCGUAAAUAAUGCAUUUUGAAUAAUUAAUAACAAUGGAUCAUAUAGACCGGAUGGCUUUAUUUAUUAUAUAAUAGCGGCCUAUCCCGGCUUAUUGCUCGACAGUUUUUUUGCGAAUAUUUGUAAAUAAAUAUAUGUUAUAUAGAGAGAAUGCAUUCGGUAUUAUACAAUGGUGAAAUAAUUUGAAAAUUGUGUUUUCUGUGGUUAUUCGUCACAAACAUCGGAUCUCUUCUUGUCUCUUUAUUUGUAUAUAUAUAAUAAAAACUGUGUUCUUAUUUUUAUAGUAUGGUCUAUAGUUCAUUGCUAUUCCGAUAUUUCCUAUAUGUCAAAAAAUUUAAUUCGACUGAAGAUGUUUACGAAUUUGUAUCAAAAUAAAGUUAACAAUUUAAAGACAAAAUAGGGAUAAUUCAUAAUAGUCGAUUUUGAAAUAAAAAAAAACACUUUUUUUUGCAUAGGGCGUUGUUACCUUGCUUAUCAUUUGAAGUGACAACCAAGUAUUUUCAUUAUACCAUUCUAUGUUGCCAUAAAAAUAUUACAAACUGAUUAUCAAUUUAUUACGUAUUUAAUGUCUUCUGUAUUUGUUAGCACAAGCAGCUUUGGGCAUCGCUCGCGUAGGUUAAUAUAUUUACAGCUAAAUUUAACCAUCAAACAAUACUAGCUUUUAGCUAGGUAGGUUGGUGAAAAUGAUUAAAAAAUAAUAGAAAAUAGUUUGUAUUAUUCCGAUAAAUAUUAUUCUAAAUGCAUUUAUUUACCUCUGCUAUCGCUUGUGUACAAUGUGUAUGAUAUUUAAUUUAUUUGUAAAUAUUAUCGCCAGUAAUUUAUAAACAAGACGCUUAUACAAAAUUGAAUAAUGCUAUGAAUUUUAAGCGACUUAUAAGCCUUGUUAAAUAUUUCGGUUUAUAAAAAUUAAAUAUUAUGAUUUAGCUUUUUCGUACUAAAAGUACAAGAAAUUAAAAUGGGCACAAAUUCUAGUGAGAUGCGUUGUCUAAUUAAUGGUUUCGCGCCAUUUUCUAGGAAAAUAAUGUUUUUAGUUUUACAGUAAUUGAUUUGCGUAUUAUGUACUUGCAAAUUGAAAAUAUGGAAUACUGUCGAUUAUUUAAAGAACCCAUUAUAUUAUAUAUUUUUACGUUCUCCAUUGUAUUUUCGUGAAUAUUAUCUAUUUUUUAAUUAUUCAUGAUGUACAUUUUAUAGCAGUAGAAAAGUUUUUUUGUUAAUUUGAGAUAUUUAACUGACAUUUCUGUAUGUAGCAAAGAGUAAUUAAUUGCGGCUUCAAAGUUGAAUUGCUUCAGUCCAACUUAUAAACAUAAUAUACACACACCAAGAUAUUUUAUAUGAAAUAUAACUAAAAAUAUUGCCAAGGGUUGUUACAUUUUGUAUUCAUAUUAAAAAAUAAAUAGAAUUUUUCACACAAAACACGACAGAACUUGGAUAGAUGCCAGUUUAUAAAAUCAACUGCAUUGAAGUGUUUAGAAAAUAUUAAAAGUAGUUUUAACCAUUGUAAUAAUAAUAAAUAACGAUAAACACAUUUAAACAGUUUUAGCUGGAACAUAAGGAUUAACUAUAUUUAAGGUUAUGUAAAGCAACUCAUAUUGUCUAAUUAUAAUAAAUCCAUAUAUCGGAUAUCAGUGAUAUUAAUAUAUUUAUGAAUAGUGAUGGUUAUGCUUGUUGCCUAAUAAAGUUUUUAC